GCCGGGCUCCCCCUGUGGACAUGACCCCUUAGCUGGCGUUUUGCACCCCAGUUGUUUUGUGAUGGAGGCGUCUUUGGGGAUUCAGGUGGACGAGCCUAUGGCUUUCUCUCCCCUGCGGGACCGGUUACAGGUGGACGGCUCUUUAAAAAAAUGUGAGCAGAAUUUUAAACUACCAGGUGUUAAAAAAGAUAUUGAGAAGCUUUAUGAAGCUGUACCACAGCUCCGUAAUGUGUUUAAGAUAAAGGACAAAAUUGGAGAAGGCACUUUCAGCACUGUUUAUUUGGCCACAGCACAGUUACAAGUAGGACCUGAAGAGAAAAUUGCUCUAAAACACUUAAUUCCAACAAGUCAUCCUAUAAGAAUUGCAGCUGAACUUCAGUGCCUAACGGUGGCUGGGGGGCAAGACAAUGUCAUGGGAGUUAAAUACUGCUUUAGGAAAAAUGAUCAUGUGGUUAUUGCUAUGCCAUAUCUGGAGCAUGAAUCCUUUUUGGAUAUCUUGAAUUCCCUUUCCUUUCAAGAAGUACGGGAAUAUAUGUUCAAUCUGUUCAAAGCUUUGAAACGCAUUCAUCAGUUUGGUAUUGUUCACCGUGAUGUUAAGCCCAGCAAUUUUUUAUAUAAUAGGCGCCUGAAAAAGUAUGCCUUGGUAGACUUUGGUUUGGCCCAAGGAACCCAUGAUACAAAAAUAGAACUUCUCAAAUUUGUCCAGUCUGAAGCUCAGCAGGAAAGUCAUUCAGAAAAUAAAGUCCAUGUAAUCACCGGAAACAAGAUUUCAUUAGGUGGCUCCGCAGCACCUAGGGAGCUGGAUCAGCAGCCUACCACAAAAACUUCUGUUAAAAGGCCCUACACACAUGCGCAGGUUCAGAUUAAACAAGGAAAAGAUGGAAAGGAUGGCUCUGUAGGCCUUUCUGUCCAGCGCUCUGUUUUUGGAGAAAGAAAUUUCAAUAUACACAGCUCCAUUUCACAUGAGAGCCCUACAGUGAAACCUGUGAAGCAGUCAAAGGCUGUGGAUGUAUUCUACAGAAAGUUAGCACCAAAAAAGAAGGCUGUUUCUGCCAAAGUUAUGAAUAGUGGUGUGAUGAAGAAAACUACCAGUUCUUGCCCAGUUAGCCUGACCUGUGACUGUUAUGCAACAGAUAAAGUUUGCAGUAUUUGCCUUUCAAGGCGGCAACAGGUUGCCCCUAGGGCAGGUACACCAGGAUUCAGAGCGCCAGAGGUCUUGACAAAGUGCCCCAAUCAAACUACAGCUAUUGACAUGUGGUCUGCAGGUGUCAUAUUUAUUUCUUUGCUCAGUGGACGAUAUCCAUUUUAUAAAGCAAGUGAUGAUUUAACUGCUUUGGCUCAAAUUAUGACAAUUCGUGGAUCCAGAGAAACUAUCCAGGCUGCUAAAACUUUUGGCAAAUCAAUAUUGUGUAGCAAAGAAGUCCCAGCACAAGACUUGAGAAAACUCUGUGAGAAGCUCAGAGGCUCAGAGGCUCACACUCCCAAAUUAACAAGUGACAUACAAGGGCCUGCUUCCCAUGACCCAGCUUUUUCAGGGAAGACUGACCAUAAAGCUGCUCGCCUCAUACAAACACCUCAAGCACAGCACUCGGGGAACUUGUUGUGUAAAGGGAACAGAAGUGGCUGUUGGGGGUGUUUGGAUGUGCACACUACCGAUCUAGAAGGCUGGGACGCGGUACCUGAUGAAGCUUACGACCUGCUUGAUAGACUUCUGGAUCUAAACCCAGCUUCAAGGAUAACAGCAGAAGAAGCUUUGUUGCAUCCUUUUUUUAAAGAUCUGAGUUUAUGAUUACUUAGUUCUUCACUUACUGUUUGCUGUUGUGGAUUGUAAGGGCGGGGGGAGGCGGGUAAAAGAGUUCUUUGUAGAGCCAUAAGUUCUUGAUUAGAGACCAGGGCAGGAUGAAUAAUUUAUUUAAAAAUUUUAGUAUUUCCUCUCUUGGAAGAUUCUAAAAUAAGGAUUAAGAUUCUUUAAGGUGCCUGGGGUACUUUUUUUUUGACAAACAGCAUGAUCUUUGAGUUGGAUCUACCCUAGGAGAAUCAGUUUUUUAAUUUCCCUAAUUACUUGUCAUUGACAUAUGCUGAAGGAGCAUAGUACUUGGCAGUUCAAGGUGCAAGUCUGAAAAUUGGUGGGUGUGUUAGGGAUUAAAUGGGCUUCUUCGUACUAUGAGCUAUGUGUACUUUUGGAAAACUCAACCUGGUACUGGUGCUCUCUCCAUUCUGUAGGUUAAAACAAUUUCCUCCUCGAGGCAUAUGUUAUGCCUUUUAUGAACACUAAAAGAAAUAAUGAGAAAAUGUUUAAGGGAGAUAUCACUUAAAAUUGAAUUUAUCUGUUAAAAAAGUAUUCUGUGAAAGCACUUAUUGUAUGAAUUGCCUUUAAAAAAAAAGUUUUCUCCCUUGAUUUUUUUUGCCUUCUCUAUGCCCACCUUACACAUUCUUCUUGAAAGUUAUAUGGUGCUUUCCACAAAGUUUCUGGGUGCAUUGUUAAAUAUUGUAUAUGUUUACAGUUAGAAGCUUAAAAUAAUGCAUAUACUGGUUGAUAAAUGGAAGCUACAGGACCAAGGUGAAGACUGAUAAUCCAACAUGCUUUUCUUUUUUUUAAAUUAAAUAUUGUAGAAAGUAUUAUAUAUGUCCUCCUUUUUUCCCCAACUACCCCUUCUAGCCCGCACCCACCACCCACCUCAGGCAAAAGUAUUUUCUUUUUCUCUCAAUGUUCCCUUUUUCACCAUCUUAGGUAUAAUUAGGUAGGUGCUAAAAGGAAGAGUGAACACAGAGACUAUUAUGGAGAUUUUUCAUCUGCCUAGAUCCGUCCCAAUCUCUAUAUCCUGUUUUAACUAAAUUGGUCCUGCUCAGAGAAGGUUGCUUACUGAUUCUUGACGGAUGGGAAGAGAGAGAAUUCAGUAGGCAAAGCAAAAGACCAAAGAGAGAGGUUUAUGUAUUACUACAUUCUAAACUGAUAUCUAUCAAUGACAGUAUAUCAAACUUUCUAUGGGAAAUAAGUCAGGAUGCAGAUGUGUUAAGAAGUUUCCCAUCAUUAGAAGUCAGAGUAUAGAACCAGCUUAGGGACAUAUGACAUUCAUUUUAUUUUGAACAUUGAAGUUAGUAGUACAUCUACCUACUUUAUUUGGUAAGUAUAGUGUGUAUAUAAACCAUUAUCAUUGAUCUGCUCUGUCUUAUGCUGUAAUCUUAAAAAAAAACUUGUGUUUUUUUUUUGGUAUGUUUAAUAAAGUUAUCCUUUUAUAAAUUGUA